GCCGAAAGCAAAAUAAAAUUAAAACCCCAUAGCCCAAUCCUUAUGAAAUUAGGAAAGACAACACGCAUAGAACGUUCCCUGUAAAUCUCUCAUAUAACCCUCGUCAGUCAUCCCUGUCAAUCUCUCCUCCUCUCUCUCAAUAUCAAGCAAUGCAGACACCGGCCCUCAAUUGGUUGAAAGAUGCGUAAUUUCUGGGAACUUUAUUCUCCAUUAUUUCAAGAUUGCAGUAGCGUUGAAGGAGGUUCUAAUUGUUCCAAUUUCACCUAUUUUAAUUCAGAUGCAAAUGAUGAAAGCUGAGUUUUGUGGAUGUUGAUGUUCACACGAUUGGAUAUAAGAUGACAUAUCCUGGUGAACAAAAGUUUGAUAUCGAUGCUUGUCAUAGAAAAUACAUCAUGCAAAAAAUGGGGAAUAAUUGGUGAGAUUAUCGAUGUAAUUUUCUUAAAGCAAUCAAUGACAAAGGAAAAACAAUUGCAUGACACAAGUUGCUGCUCUCCUCAAGCUCGAUAAUGUUGAAUCAAUGGAAGAAUGGCAAGCAUUUGUCAAAGAACGCAAUUCUCAACCAUAUAAGGAAAAGAAUGAAAGAUUCAAAAAGAUGAGUGCAAGUCAAACCAUGAUGCAUGCAACAAGUAGAAAGGAUUUGGCUCACUUGGAAGCUGAAAUGAAUAAAAAAAAGCACAUUCAAAGACGAUUUUCUCUCCAAGCAAACACUCACUUGAAGGUGAUGGUGUUGCAAAAGUACUUGGUCCAGAACGUCCAGGACAGGGGAUCCAUAUUUUGUGGGGUAGCUAAAUUGUCGGUCAAAGAAGUGAACUUUGAUAUGUUUAAUAAUUUUUUGUUAUAUGAUGGAACCUCAAUAUCCACGAGCUUAUUAGUUGAAUGACGAUUGGAGCAUACAAUAGUAGUCGAAAAUUUUUGAGAGUUAUUUAGAUGAAUUUUACAUUGGCAUAUUGUAUUGAACCGUACUCAAUAUUUCUUUUUAUCGAAACAAUGGAAAACUUGAUUA